AUGGAAGCCAAACAAGUAACAGGCGAAACUAAAGCCCUCGCAGUCCACAUUGCCACGAGCCAAGACGCCGAGGUGGACGUGGCAGAGGUGGACAUGAAGGAUAUGGCGCUUAACGAGAUGGAGCCGCUGUCUGUUGCCUCAGGGGGCAAAAAGAAGGGCGUGGUCAACGUCAAGGUGGCGGACUAUGAGGCUGAUGCCGUGGGCGCAGCGGCUGCCUCCAAGUUCACGGGCCUGUCCAAGGAGGAGCUGUUGAAGGUGGCCAGGAGCCCCGCCUGGGUGUGCACCCACCGGGGCCUGUUGUUGCUCUUCUGUCUGGGCUGUCUGGGCAUGCUGGCCCGCGUCGUGGUCAUCAUCAUGCAGGCGCCCCGCUGCCACGAGCUGCAGGUCCAACGUUGGUGGCACCAGGGUGCCCUGUACCGCAUCGGAGACCUGAAGGCCUUCCAGGCCCAGCCCAGUAACGCCAUCGGGAGUCUGUCUGGGGUGAAGGCCCACCUUGAUUAUCUGAGCAACCUCAAAGUGAAGGCACUGGUAUUGGGGCCCAUCCACAAGAACCUCGAAGAUAACCUUGCUAAGACGGACUUGCUGCAGAUCGACCCCACCAUUGGCUCCCAGGAAGAGUUCAUCCAACUCUUGGAAGCAGCUAAGAAAAAGAACAUCCAGAUCAUUCUAGAUCUCACUCCCAACUACCAAAGUGAGAGCAGCUGGUUUCUGAAGAAGGAGAGUGAAGAAGUGAAUGAGAAGAUGAAGGAAGCCCUGAGCUUUUGGCUGAAGGUCGGUGUGAAUGGUAUCCAGGUCCACGAUGUCCAGAAACUUAGCGAUGCUGCUUCAUUCCUGUCUCUUUGGAACAACCUCAUUCAUAGCAUCAAUGAUGACAGGGUCCUGAUUGCCAGAACAGCAGCCUCAGACCUUCUGGAGAUCCUGAGCCUGUUGAACAAUACUGACCUGCUGAGCAGCUCGUACCUGGAGGACUUUGAGAGAAGGAGUUCCUCAGGGAAAGAGCUGAAAGAAUUGGUUGCUAACUACCUGAGUGCUGCAAGUGGCCACUGGUGCAGCUGGACUUAUUCUCAGGUCGGCCACUUGGACUCCUAUGUGCCUUCCCAUCUUCUCUGUCUCUACUACCUGUUGCUGUUCACACUUCCCGGGACACCCAUCUUUAGCUAUGGGGAUGAAAUUGGCUUGCAGGUGGCCACUCUCCCUGGACAGCCUGCUGAAGCCCCCAUCAUGCUUUGGGAUGAAAAAGCACUUGGGCCUUCUGAGUUCGUGAACCUCAACAUGACUGUCCAGGGCCAGACCAAGGACCCCGCCUCUCUCCUUGCUUUAUUCUGUAAACUGAGUGACAGCCGAGGGAAGGAGCAGUCCUUGCUGCACGGGGACUUUGUGGUCCUGCCCACCCAAGAUGACCUCUUUGCCUACGUGCGAUACUGGGACCGAAAUGACCGAUUCAUUAUUGUCCUCAACCUGGGCUCCACGAGCCAUGAGGCUGAGUUGAGGAUGCCCUCUAUGUCUGGCAGCCAGAAGCUAGAGCUUCCUGAGAUGGCAGCUUUGGUGAUCAGCACCCAAGGGGGCCACCAGGAAGGCAGCAUGCUGUCCCUGCAAAAGCUGGCUGUGGCCCCAGGGGAGGGGCUGCUGCUCAAAUUCCCCUACAUGGCCUAA